CGCCUAGUCUGUUCCUGCGCAUGUUCGUAGGCUGCCUCAGUGUCGAAGCACGUACUUGGACGCCGCUUCUGGCGGGAAAUUGCUUCCGUUGGGCUUUGCUUGUUGAGACCCUGCGGCGAGGAAAGUCCGAAUUCAAGCCUCACGUUGUAAGGCCAGGUGGUUUAUCCUCAGCAGAAGCGCCAGUGUUUUUCAAAGUGAGAUACUGGCAUCAGCAACAUUAAAAUCACCGACAUCCAAGCUGGGCUCUGAGCCGCGGGCGCCGGCCCCGGCCCGGGCUCCGCCCCUCCCGCUCCCUUCCGCCCCCGCCUCCCGCCGUAAUCUUGGCGGGAAGACACCAGCCGCUAAACGGGGGAAAGAUGUCCGGGUCGUGCUCGGCGGCUGAGGAGACGGCGGGCUCCAGACAGCGACUCCAGGUGAAGGUGAAUGAAUAUAAAGAAAACCAAAACAUCGAUUUUGUUUCUCCAAGACCAGUACACACUACAGUUUUAGGAAAAACAGCUAAGGUGUGUCUUGUCCCCUUUUCACUCAGCAAUUACAAGGCAGACCAACUUAAGUGCCCCAAAUCCCUGUUAGAUAAGAAUUCUAACAAUGAAGUGCUGUGUAAGAAAUCCAAGAAGACUGAAGUAAAGAAAAAUUGCAGAAGAAUUUUAACUCCAAAGAUGGAAGCCACAUCUUCCAAGGCGGAAUCCACUUUGCAAAAAUCAUCCUUAGAUGUUCAUACUGAAAGUAACACGCAAGGGCACAAGAGCACUUCAGAUACAGUGCUUCUCAGUGUUGAUAUGGAAAGCACUCAGGAUGGAGACAGUGAUGAAGAUACCACACCAGGCCUGGAUGAUUUUUCAGGAUUGUCGCCGUACGAAAGGAAGAGGCUGAAGAACAUAUCAGAAAAUGCAAACUUCUUUGCUUCUCUUCAGUUGUCUGAGUCAGCUGCAAGGCUCCGUGAAAUGAUAAAGAAGAGACAGCCUCCUGAAUCAAAAAGAAAGAAGCCUAAGAAGAGAGAAAAUGAGAUUGGAUGUAGAAGGUCAAUGCGAUUACUAAAAGUAGAUCCUUCAGGAGUUUCAUUACCAACAACCCCAACCCAGCCAACAAUAUUAGUAGCAGAUGAAAAUCCUUUGUUACCUCCUGGGCCUUUAGAAAUGACUCCUGAAAAUCAAGAUGAUAACAGUGAGCUAUUUAAAGGAUUUCUACAGACUUGGGCAGAAGUGAGCAAGACAAGUAGUAAGAAUGCUGAGAAGGGAUUAUCUAGCAUUAAAAGCUACAAAGCCAGUUUAAGUGGCAUGGUCAUCAGUGAAAAUACUGUUAAUAAAGUUACCAAAGGCCCAAUAUUCGCUAUAGCUAUCCACCCAUCAGAAACUAGAACUUUGGUGGCAGCUGGGGCCAAAUCUGGGCAAGUCGGACUUUGGGAUUUGAGUCACCAACCUAAAGAAGAUGGAAUUUAUGUUUUUCAACCCCAUAGUCAGCCAGUUAGCUGUCUUUACUUCUCACCUGCCAAUCCAGCUCAUAUACUGUCAUUGAGCUAUGAUGGCACAUUACGCUGUGGGGAUUUUUCCAGAGCUGUUUUUGAUGAGGUAUAUAGAGACGAAAGAAGUAGCUUUUCUUCCUUUGACUUCUUGGCAGAAGAUGCCUCCUCUUUAGUAGUAGGCCACUGGGAUGGAAGUUUGUCAUUGGUGGAUAGACGGACACCUGGAACUUCUUAUGAGAAACUUAUCAGUUCUUCUUUGAGAAAAAUAAGAACUGUUCAUGUCCACCCAGUGCAUAGACAAUAUUUCAUCACUGCAGGAUUGAGGGAUGUUCAUAUUUAUGAUGCAAGGCGCCUGACUCCCAAGGGAAACCAGCCUUUGAUUUCUUUGACUGAACACACAAAGAGCCUCGCCUCUGCCUAUUUUUCACCUCUUACUGGUAACAGAGUAGUGACCACAUGUGCUGAUUGUAAGCUGAGAAUCUUUGAUAGCAGCUGUAUAUCCUCUCAGAUUCCUCUCCUCACCACCAUAAGGCACAACACCAUCACUGGGCGAUGGCUGACCAGGUUCCGAGCUGUGUGGGACCCUAAACAGGAAGACUGUGUCAUAGUUGGCAGCAUGGCCCAUCCACGACGGGUAGAAAUCUUCCAUGAGACAGGAAAGCAGGUGCAUUCUUUUCUUGGUGGAGAAUGCCUUGUCUCUGUGUGUUCCAUCAAUGCUAUGCACCCAACUCGGUAUAUUUUGGCUGGAGGUAAUUCCAGUGGGAGGAUACAUGUUUUUAUGAAUUAAGGAAGUUGCUGAGUUAAAAGUUUAGCAAUGCCAAUUUGUUCAAAUUAAUCAGUGUCUAAGGAGCCUAGUAAUUCAUGUGGCUUAGUCUGUUUACUUAGUAAUAUGUUCUAUUUAGCAAAUAUAAGAUUGCUUUAUUAAUAAGAACUAUGAGCAGAAUGUACUUUUAGUAAGGGAGAAGCCUUAGAGGUGUUUCCACAGGAUGGGGACAGAAUUUAAGGGGAUGCUGUGAUGCCUUCAGCACUUUUAAUCUGGCACUAUGUAGAAAAAUUCUAAUAUUAUAAAUUAUAAAGCUUUGAAUGAUCAGUAUUAAAAGUUUUUGUGGUCUCAUGA